GGUCUCGGGCCCUCAGGCGGAGCGGCGGGUGCCGGACCCCCAGGUGGAGCGACAGGUCUCGGGCCCUCAGGCGGAGCGGCGGGCGCCGGACCCCCAGGUGGAGCGACAGGUCUCGGGCCCUCAGGCGGAGCGACAGGUCUCGGGCCCCCAGGCGGAGCGGCGGGCGCCGGACCCCCAGGUCUCGGGCCCUCAGGCAGAGCGGCGGGCGCCGAGUCACCAGGCACGACAGUGGGCUCCGAGUCAACUGGCAUGACCGCUGGCACUGGGUCAGACAUUGGAUCGUCUGGCUGGACAGCGGGCAUCGGGUCACCAGGCAUCAGGUCAUUUGGCUCGACCGCGGGGCACCGCGUCAUCUGGCAAGGCAGUGGGCUCCGAGUCAACUGGUAUGACCGCGGGCACUGGGUCAUUUGGCUCGACAGCGGGCACCGCGUCAUCUGGCAAGGCAGUGGGCUCCGAGUCAACAGGCACGACAGUGGGCACCGGGUCAUCAGGUACCGGAUUGUCUGGCUCGACAGCGGCAUCGGGUCACCAGUUAUGACAGCGGGCACUGGGUCACCAGGCAUUAGGUCAUUUGGCUCGACAGCGGGCACCGCGUCAUCUGGCAAGGCAGUGGGCUCCGAGUCAACUGGUAUGACCGCGGGCACUGGGUCAUUUGGCUCGACAGCGGGCACCGCGUCAUCUGGCAAGGCAUCAAUUGGCACGACAGCGGGCACCGGAUCAGGUACCGGAUCAUCUGGAUCAACAGCGGGCAUCGAGUCAACUGGCCUAAUAGGAUCGUCAGGCUGGAUCAGUUCAUCAUGCUGGGUAGAGGCAUCAGGCUGAAUGCCGGCGUCCGGCUGAGUAGAGGCUUCAGGCCGAGUAGAGGCAUCAGGCCGAGUAGAGGCAUCAGGCCAAGUAGAGGCUUCAGGCCGAGUCACGGAAGGCAGGUUCACCGGUUUGGGUACUGGCAGGAUGGUAUUGGUUGGAAAGAAUUUUCGUUUUUUUCUGGUUUUAACUACUGGAGCACUGCAAGUAAACGCAGGUCUGCAAACGAAUGGAGCAGCUGGAGACAGAGAAGAACUGGAGGAUGGAACAGGAGAGGGAGCAGUUGCUACAGAGGGCUUUUUUACAGGGUUAAAGGCAGGAUAGGUGCAGCGAGUGGGAACAGGGUACUGACAUGCGGUAGAUAG